UUGUAACGAAAUAUGUACCUAAUUCUCUUCAAUCUUCAUAAACCUAUGAUCAUAACAUAAUGAAUACUACGACAUUAUCGUAAACACAUAAGUUAUCCUUCUUCCUAUAAAAUAAAUACGCAAACAUAUUCAAACUGGUAAAGUUUUUAAGACGUUCUUGUUAAUUGGGGUCAUUCCCAUUUAUACCCUGGAUUGCAUUUCAGAGACUCAAUUUUCCUUCCUUCUUCAUUGGUAUGAAGAGCAACUUUGCAAUUCAAAUUACAAAAUAUGCUUCUUGUUUAAUUGUAUACGUAGGAUUAUGGGCAGCAAUGUUGCAAUUAUCUUGCAUUUGAUCAUGCAUGUGACAUUGAAAUAGCGAAAAAAAAGGUAAUUCUUUGUGGGGUUUCCUUUAAAAGGGUAAAUUCUACAUUACAAGAUUCUUGAAUUUUUGUAUCAUUUUCAAGAUUUAGGUGUCUGGAUAUUUGAAUGAAUCUAUUUGGUGUUUCUUGAAACUGCAUUUGGUGAUCUAGGGUACUUCUGUUUGUUCAUAGUUGCCAGGAAAAUCAUUUUCUUGGUGCUUUCUUUAGAAAGAUUUGAUUUUUAAUUAUGAUAAGGUUCUGCAGUGUGUGUGAGGGAUUGUUCUUAUUAAUUAGCUAAAGAGAAAUUGUUUGUUAGCUGAAUUCUGUGUCCUGGAUAGCAUUUGAUUUCGCGUAAAAGAUUGAGCGUUUUCAAUGAUAUGAUAUGUUUCUGAGUUACUCGGGGAAAGCUCGAAGAUUUUGUUGUGUUGAAAAUCCUAGGUGUUUAACUUGGGAGUGGAGUGAAAUCGGCGUCUGCAGACUAUGAAUGAAUUGGUUGAUAAGUUUAAAUGUUGUGGAUAAAUUUUGGAGCAAGAGGAAGCAAUUUACUGGAAUUCUUGGUGGAAUGCCGUUUCAUUGAUGUUUGCAAAUAUUGAAAUAGUAGUAUAAGUAAUGUUGUAAAUGUAGCUAGCUUUGGUGGUGGUGAGAUGUUAAACUAUAAUCCUCCACCUCCAAGUUAUAGGAUUUGAAAUUCCAUAGACUUAACCUUUGAGCAAUACAUACCCCAGAACAAUACAUUUUCGUUACCACGAGAUACAUUGGCAGCCCCGGAUCAUUUGAUUGGGCAUAGCUUGCCUUCAGUCGGCUACACUAUCUGUUAUUUCUCCUUUCCAUCCAUACCCCGAAAUCCCCUCCAAUAAAUGCAACAUCUUCUUCUUCGGCAACAAAUGUAACGUAAUCUGUUCUAUCCUCACCAUCAAACUCACAACAUUUCCAUGGAUUCUCCACCACCCCAUGAAGAAACUACUCCUCCAACGAAUGUCUCACCACCACCCUCUAGUCCUCCACCUACACCUUCUAGCCCACCUGCUGAUAGCUCACCACCACCCCCAUCUUCUAGUCCACCUCCUAGUUCACCCCCUCCAACACCCUCUAGUCCGCCUCCUAGUUCACCCCCACCAACGCCCUCUAGUCCGCCACCUAGCUCACCACCACUGACACCUUCUAGUCCCCCACCGGGCUCACCUCCACCUGUACCAUCUCCUCCUCCAACUCCUGCCAGUUCACCACCUCCAUCACCAUCAUCAUCACCUCCUCCUGCAUGGUCACCUCCGCCACCAACACAGAAUCAAGAACCUCCUCCAUCGCCACAAUCACCUGCUAAUUCAUCUCCACCACAAUCUCCCGAACCUCGAAAAGGUUCAUCACCUUCACCGCCUUCACCUCCUUCAUCCAACAACUCACCUGGGGAUGGAAGUGAUGGAGGUGAACCUCCAUCCCCAGCAUCUAAGUCCUCAGAAAAUAAUCAGCCUCCUUCCCCAAACUCAGGCUCAGGCCCUCCUAAAGAUGAUUCGCCACCUUCACCAGCUGGAUCACCUCCCAGUAACUCACCAUCCUCAUCUUCUGAUUCCCCUUCGGACUCAUCAACGCCAACAUCUGUAAUACAAUGGUCACCACCACCUCCAUCCUCUAAUGGUGCACAGCCUUCUCUUACUCCUCCUUCAUCACCAGUUCCUCCUAAAGCUGAUGCUAGUAGUAACCAUAGUUCCGGAAACCAUUCAUCAGAAAGUCCAAAGUCUGCUGGUGGCAACGGCAAUGGUACUGCAGGGACAAUUUCCAUUGGCAUUGUACUUGUUCUUCUAUUGGUUGGUAUCAUCGGAGCAGCUGGAUGGAUUAUACGAAAGCGAAAGAAGAAGAAUUCGGGCCAUACUAGUGGUAAUGUCAAGCCAAUCUCUGCGUGCUCCUCUCCAAAAUCAGAGUCUGCUUUAUUGAAGGUCGGGGAAUCAACACCUGAGAGGAACGGAACUGGCUCCAAUUUCCUCAAUUCUCCAGGGGACCCUGGCGGAUUCAACAGUUCAAAGACAUGGUUUACUUAUCAAGAACUAGUUGAGGCCACUAAUGAUUUUUCAGCUAACAAUGAAUUAGGGAAGGGUGGAUUUGGUUCUGUAUACAAAGGCUAUCUAGCAGAUGGAAGAUAUGUUGCGGUAAAGCAGCUAAAUAUUGGUGGGAGCCAGGGGGAACGGGAAUUCAGAGCUGAAGUUGAAAUCAUUAGCCGGAUACACCAUCGUCAUUUGGUUUCACUUGUAGGUUAUUGCAUUUCAGAGAACAAAAGGCUCCUUGUUUAUGACUAUGUCUCCAAUAAUACCCUUUACUUCCAUCUUCAUGCACAAGGGAGACCUGUCAUGCAUUGGGAAACACGUGUUAGGAUUGCUGUUGGCGCAGCUCGUGGAAUAGCUUAUCUGCAUGAAGAUUGCUAUCCUCGUAUUAUUCAUAGAGACAUUAAGUCGUCGAACAUUCUUUUGGAUGAUAACUUUGAGGCCCGUGUUUCUGAUUUUGGACUAGCUAAAUUAGCUCAGGAUGCAGAAAGUCAUAUCACAACACGUGUCGUUGGAACAUUUGGAUACAUGGCUCCUGAAUAUGCAUCGACUGGCAAGCUGACUGAAAAAUCUGAUGUAUAUUCCUAUGGCGUGGUGCUUCUGGAGCUAAUUACUGGAAGGAAGCCGGUGGAUACAUCUCAGCCUUCAGGGCAAGAGAAUCUAGUUGAGUGGGCUCGACCUUUGCUUAGUCGUGCACUUGAAAAGGAGGAAUUUGAUCUGUUGGCAGAUCCGCGCCUUGAGAAGAACUACGUUGGCAGUGAGAUGUUCCGAAUGAUUGAGGCUGCUGCAUCUUGUGUGCGCCACUCAUCUGCAAAGAGACCGGCGAUGGGACAGAUCAUGAGAGCUUUUGAUGGUAUGGCUAUGCAUGAUUUGUCAAACGGGAUGAAAGUUGGUGAAAGUGAAAUACACAGCGCUGCACUACAAUCUGCAGAUAUAAGUUGGUUUAGGAAGAUGGCAUUCGGUAAUCAAGAUUUUAGUUCAGACUUUUUCAGUCAAAGUAAUCAGAAUAGUAGAGCGUCGGGUGAACAUCGUUAGAUGAUUUAUAGAACAAAAGGGCUAAUUGAAGCUAUGUAUGCAUAUGUUGAUAUAUCAAAGGUACCCUAGCUUAGAGAUGCCUUGGUUUAGCUUUCAUAAGUUCCCUUUUGGCUGGUACACAUGAGUCUUGCUAUUUUUAUUAGCAAUGGAGUAAUAUUUACUGUAAGUAGAGUGAAUUCUUUUGUCUUCUAUAAUCAUUGUUCUUUGGGAA